AUGUCCCCAUCAUCGCAAUCAAUUGCAGUUGUAACCGGCGGCGCAGGCGACAUCGGCCGCUCAAUCGCAGCGCACCUCUCCACAACCCACGACCUCGUCUACAUCGUCGACAUUGACAAACAGUUCCUUAACACAGCCCUGAACUCAAAAGAGUUAGCCGGAAAUGAGAAAAUCCAAUCAUUCACAUGCGACAUCGCCGAAGAAACAUACGUCCGGUCCAUGGGCGCCUUCAUCCAAUCGCAGGGUCAAGUGCGCACUCUAGUGAACAACGCCGGCGGUACGAACGUGGGAUCACUGGAUAAGAUGUCAAGUCAGAGAUGGAGAGCCGAGUUUGCGGUGAAUUUGGAUGCGACAUACCUGUGUUUCAAGGCAUUUGCGGAGUCGAUCAAGGAGACGCGAGGGUCGGUGGUUAAUAUCACGUCCGUGAAUGCUCUGUCUGUGUUCGGAAACCCCGCGUACAGCGCUGCUAAAGCCGCUCUAAUCAACUUCACCAAGUCAAUUGCUGUGGAAUAUGGCAAGUUCGGGGUUCGUGCUAACGCCGUUGCGCCGGGAACUGUCUUCACAAAAGCAUGGGAGGCCAAGGCUCGUCAAGGGAAUGAUCUUUUCGAGAAGAUUAAAGAGUGGUAUCCGUUAGAGCGCAGUAUUCGGCCUGAAGAUGUCGCAAAUGCUGUGACUUUCCUAGCUAGUGACCAGGCAGCUGCUAUCACGGGUGUCUGUUUACCAGUCGACUGUGGGUUAUUGGCUGGGCAGCCUUCUGUCGCUCGUGCUUUCGCGCAAUCCGAAGACUAUUGA